UCUAGGAAUCAUCGUAGCCUCCUGUUGCUCAAAUCUGGCUAGCUUCUAUGGGAUGCGGGACUAGGCGGAAUCUGUUGCGUGUAGAGCGAGCGAGCUCGGUUUCAUGAUGCAAAUCGAGAGCAGCCUUGUGCACCGUCCAAUUCCGCGGAUUCCUGUAACUCCUCCCGAAAUCAAAUGGCUUAGAUCACGGGCUGAGUUUUAUUACCUUUGAUAUUCCCACGCGUAGGGUUUGUGGGCGCUGCGACAAGAAGACAUGCGUGAGCCGGAAGAACAGAAUGUAAAACCCAGGGUUUGGUUGGCACGCGCAAGGUUCAGAAGGCUGAUCGUGAGAAAAUGCGAAGGGAUAAAUUGAACGAGCAGUUCCAGGAACUGGCAAGUACACUCGAUCCAGAUCGACCCAGGAAUGAUAAGGCGACUAUCCUUGGUGAUUCAAUUCAAAUGCUGAAAGAUUUGACUUCCCAGGUGAACAAGCUUAAAGCUGAAUAUACUUCACUCUCAGAAGAAGCACGGGAGUUGACUCAGGAAAAGAAUGAACUCAGAGACGAGAAAGCUUCACUGAAGUUUGAGGUUGAUAAUCUGAAUACCCAGUUUCAUCAACGAUCGCGUGUGUUGUACCCAUGGACUGGAAUGGAGCCUUCUGUUGUCAUUGGGCCACCCCCACCAUAUCCCUUCUCGGUCCCAGUCCCUAUACCUUCUGGUGCUGUUCCUAUGCACCCACAGUUACAGGCAUACCCUUACUUCCAAAAUCAAACAUCUGGAACCGUCCCCAAUCCAUGCACACCUUACAUGGCAUACACUCGACCCGUCCAUCCUCCUACUGAUCAACCAUCUAACCAAUUCAAUGCUCCAGUUCAGCAUUCAAGUAGUAAUCGAUCUCACUCUAUGGCACAAGACUGUAGGAGCAAGUCGUCUAAACUGCAGGAAGCAAGUUGUAGAGGGAAAAGUGAUGAUGACUUUAAUGACGUUGCAACUGAUCUGGAACUAAAAACUCCUGGUUCCUCGGCCCCGCUACAAUCAGAGCUUGCUAGCAAGGAUUCCUCUUCUGACUUGAAAAAAAAGCAGUGCAUACAGGAAACUAAUGGUAGCACUGUUACAGAAAGCAGCAGUUCAAGCAGAUGCUCUUCCAGUGGCCCUCCAGAUGUCUCUGACAGUGCUGAAGAUGGAUCAGUUGGUGAUGAUAAACGAUCGACAGUACAUAUAUAGACAAGUAUAUAUGAAGUAUUAGUGAUCUUUCCUGACAUCCCUUGGUCUGCAUGUGUGGUGUAAUCUGCUGUCACUUCAACCGAUGAAUGUGCACAGUUCGUAAUAUCAGGGAUUUGACAAAUUAGGAGACGUAUAGGCAAAGUAGAUCUGGUUAGAUAAAGCCAUAUCCCAUGGUUAUGAUUUAUGAAUGAGCCAUAGUUACCCACACUCUUCUAUGGCAAUUUCAAAUA